UUGGUUUUUAUUUGAUUUUUAUUUGUGUUUUUAUUGGUUUGUGUAUGUUUUGUUUGUGUUUCGUGUUUAUUAUAUGUUUAACAAUAGUGUUCAGUGUUUGUUGUACAUUGCAUGUUAAGUUUAGUAGUGCCAGUCAUUGCUUGUAUACAUCACAGUCAUUUAAAGAUAUAUUAUCACAGGUCUUUUUCAAUAAAUAAAUAAAUUAAACAUGAAUUAAAUGACUUUUCUUUACAUUACAUUGGCACUACAUAUAUAAUAAAUUAAAACAUUAAACAAAAAAGAAAGGGGAACCGCUUAGCUUUAUGACAUGGCAACAUUUAAGAAGAGGAAAGCUGCCGAAGUAUUACCCCGAAGGGCAACUUUUGUAUCGGCAACUUUCCUUUGACAUUACGGGUAUGCGGUUAUCUGGUCACAUUGCAAAAAAUUUAAAACGAUUAAUAUCGAUUAAUAAAAACAUCUCAUCCCUAGCAUUAAUUGCACAUCACUGGCGCCGAUGUAUCAUCCCUAUCUACUAUUACCAUCUCUACUACAAUACAGCUUUGGCGAUAAAAAUGCAUGUGGUAAGUGCAAAUUUAAAAUCAAUUUAAAUAACAUUAAUAAAACAAUUUAAAAGUUACAGGAACAUGGAAAAUGGACAUCAAGGCAUCAUCAUAGCAGGUCAUCAGGAACUGGCAGCAAACUUGAAGCUGGCGUCGGUAAAGUUCAUGACGCCGACGUCGACGCCGCAGCACAGACAAAUUGGCCGGCUGCGAGAGAUGGUGUGCACAACAAAUUGGAGCUGGCGGAUGCAGACGCAGGAACAAAAGGGACAACAGAUGGCAGAAAAAAGAAGAAGACGGCAACAAGUGACGCCGCCGUAUCCAUGGCAACGACGUCGCGGUGGCGUCGCCGGAGCAGAGCAGCGAAUUCCCACGAAGAAGCCGGCGCAAAAUAAAUUGACGGCGCCGACAUGGCACGGACGCCGACAAAAAGUGCGCAUUUUCGAGGAAGGAACGGCGCCAGCAAAAUGGGCAGCGCAAAGCCCAAAUAGAAGCGCAAAUGCAGCAGCUGCGCAGCCGAUAAACGCCGGCCAAAUUUAUUUAUUAUUCAGCCACUCGUCAAGAAGGUUCCAUGGUAAGAAUUUUAGCAUUGUUUAUAUCAUUUUCUCUUCUAAUUUUCCUUUUAUUUUCAGAUAUCCAAAACAUGAGGAAGAGGACGGACGCGCAUCAUGGUGUGCCAACGUGGGAACAUGGACCAACGCUGGACAUCACCGAUGGACCAACGAGGGACCAACGCGGGACAUCGACAGUGGACCAGCGAGGGACGCCAUCGGAGGGUAGCUGCAGGCGCUGAUGCAUGG